AUGCUUGACUUUGUGAAAGCAAAGCAUGAAGAGGCCGACUACCAGGCUCGUGGCACAAACAUGUCCAUGGCGCCUUCUGCCACGAACAGCCCCACUAUCGCCUACCCUUCUGGUCCUCCGCCACCAUACAGUCGUCCCUCGUACCCUGAUGCUCGUCUGCCUUCGGAAAUGCGUCGUACUUCAAACGAAGACCCCUCAAACCAGGCCAACAAGCAGUCGCUGCCAUCUAUUCAUGAAGCUCUCGGCGUCGAGCAACCUGCUUCCUAUUCAUCCGCCACUCACAGGCCUUACUCAUCUGCACCUCAGCCUGCCUACCACGCUCCGGUCACUGCCCCUUCACCUGCUUCGCCCGCCCCUGCUAGAAGGUCGUUCGCUGCCAUGGACCCUCCUCCCCCACCGCAGCCCACCUUUUUCACCCAUGGUCCUCGCAGCCCCCACUCUCAGCCUCAUCAAGAGAUCAGUCCUCGUCAAAUGCCUGAGCAUGAUCGCCAACGUUCAGUAUAUGCGCCUCAACCAAUUGCAACACACGCUGGCCAGUCUCCCAUGAACCAUCAAUCGCAGCACCCUCGUUCAUAUCCCGCCGCUGCUUCUCACGAAAGGACCGCUUCUCACCCCCUCAGCAUGCCUCCUGUCGCUCCUCCUCCGUCGGCACCUCAGCAUGCUGUUCCUUAUGGCUACGCUCCUGCUCCUGUCGCGGUCCCUGCUCCUGCACCUUAUGCAUCUCAUUACGCCUAUCCUCCACCGGCCCCGCACUCCGCUGCACCUACCUCAUCGAUAUAUCAACCAUCAAUCACCCAACCAGCUCCCCCUCAGAACAGCGACCCCGGAAGAGCCCCUUUCGGUGACUCUGUGAAACGUCAUUUGGAUAUGUGGGACUUUGGUGAAGCCCUAAACGAGAUCGCUGACUCCAGCAGCCAUAUGCUGGAAUUCAGCAGACAGUGCGGUGCCCGUCUGCACCAAUCCCAGAGAUCAGAACCUACUCCUGGCAACUUGCCUCAGCUGCAAGAAAUUGAUCAUUUGAUGGAAAAGUCGCGCCGUCAACUCGACUGCUAUGCUAAGAUGCGAGAGUUUGUUAUCGCUCAACAGACCGCCUACUUCCACCAGGCUCAAGAACAACAAUCCAGAGCCCAGGAAGGCAUGAAGCGUGAUUCUGUUCACCAGAGUGAAGAGUCAAAAGCAGGCGGAUUUGCCGGUGCCGAGGCCAAGAAGCGCAGAGGCCGUGCUGCUCCUCCAGGCAGAUGUCACAGUUGUAACAGAGCCGAGACGCCCGAAUGGCGUAGAGGUCCUGACGGAGCUCGCACCUUGUGCAAUGCUUGUGGACUCCAUUAUGCCAAGCUAACCAGGAAAGCUGGGAAGAACGCAGCGGCCAUCUCCAGCUCCAACCUCCGUCCAAAGGCUGACGAACCGCAAAACUGA